AAGAUGGCGGCCCCCUUGGAGCUCAGUUGCUGGGGAGGGGGCUGGGGGCUCCCAUCGGUGCACAGCGAGUCCUUGGUGGUGAUGGCUUACGCCAAAUUUUCUGGUGCACCCUUGAAAGUCAAUGUCAUAGAUAACACCUGGAGAGGUUCAAGAGGAGAUGUACCAAUUUUGACCACUGAAGACAGCAUUGUUUCUCAACCAGCAAAAAUACUAAACUUUUUAAGAAAACAGAAAUAUAAUGCUGAUUAUGAACUAUCAGCAAAACAAGGGGCAGAUACACUGGCUUACAUUGCUCUUCUUGAAGAGAAGCUUCUUCCUGCAGUGCUUCACACUUUCUGGGUUGAGAGUGACAAUUACUUUACUGUGACAAAGCCAUGGUUUGCUUCACGAAUUCCCUUUCCCUUGAGUUUGAUCCUUCCUGGGAGAAUGUCUAAGGGAGCACUGACCAGGAUUCUCCUGACCAGAGGAGAGCCUCCCCUCUACCACCUCCGAGAAGUGGAAGCACAGAUAUACAGAGAUGCCAAGGAGUGCCUAAAUCUUCUGUCAAACAGAUUGGGAACAUCUCAGUUUUUCUUUGGAGACACGCCUUCUACCUUGGAUGCCUAUGUGUUUGGUUUUCUUGCACCUCUUUAUAAAGUACGCUUCCCUAAAGUUCAGCUACAAGAACAUUUGAAACAGCUUUCCAACCUGUGUCGCUUUUGUGAUGACAUCCUAAACACUUACUUUAGGCUUAGUCUUGGAGGCAUCUCUCCUGCUGGACAAGAAACGGUAGAUGCAAAUCUGCAGAAACUCACACAGCUUGUAAAUAAGGAAUCCAACUUGAUUGAAAAGAUGGAUGACAAUCUUCGCCAAAGCCCUCAACUUCCUCCUCGGAGACUGCCAACACUUAAAUUGACUCCUGCAGAAGAAGAAAGCGAUUCCUUACAGCGGCUGUCACCCUGACAGGCAGCCUGCUUUGUGUCUGAGCUGAGAUACGAAGGUGUCUGACUCACGCCUCCUGCCACCAAAGCGUCUCCCUCAUCAGCCACUUGCCGGGCAAUGUCACAAGCAGCUUCAUUGACUUUCUGCCCCUAAAAUGGCCAGUGCUGUGUUCCCUAGGACCAUCCUGUCUCCAGAUGGACAAGUCAGAAAAGAAAGAUGUGAAAAGAGAAGGGGAGACAGUGUUUCCAACUUUUAAAAAAUGAGGGGUGGCCAUUUGACACAGUGCCGACCAGUGAGACAUAGAUGGAAAUCUGCUGAAGAUUUCUGGAAAAGUGUUGCUUUCCUGACACAGAUGCCCAGUCCCUUCCAUCUUGAUACUUUUUUCAUCCUGACUGUAAUGUCAGCAUAAGCCCUGAAGAUACAGCGGUCAUCUUGCAGCCAAGCUGUUAGACCCGUGUGCUGAGGCUGGAGGAGUGGGGUGAUACGAGCAGACUGGUGUCUUGACAUCUUUGAGUGCCUGCAGCAGCCACGGACGGCCAGACCUCUUAUUAGGUCUUGGCCAAGUGUCAUCUUUUCAGAGAAGCCUUCCCUGACCACCCUGUGACAACUGCAGUCACUUCCAUGAUGACCCCCAUCCCUCUUGGAUAGAC